AUGUGUGUGUGUUGUGCAGUGAACAAAAUGAUGCAUCUGUGCUUUAAAUUGUUUGGUAUCCAGAAAUCUCUCACUGUGGGAGGUAAGAUUCUAUUUUAUACGCCUUUUGUUCGAACUUUUCACGCAAACUCACAGUUAAAGAUUAGAGAUUCUAUUCGGCCAAGAAGAGCGAUGCUUUACGUUCCUGGACAUGAUCAGAAAAAAAUUGGAAAACUUAAUAGCAUCAAUGUAGAUUGCGCUGUGCUCGAUUGUGAAGAUGGGGUUGCGGCAAAUAUGAAAGCCGAUGCUCGUCGAAAUAUUUGCGAAAUGUUACAAACUUUUAAUUUUGGAAAGACAGAUUGUGCAGUUAGAAUUAAUUCAGUUGAAAGUGGAUUAGCUGAGGAGGAUUUGAUUGCUAUUUUAAAAAAUAACAAACUUCCUGAUACACUUGUGGUUCCUAAACUUGAUAAUCCUAGUCAAUUGAUGUGGCUGAACGAUGUGCUAAGAUCACAUUUACAACCUAAAAAAGAAUUCAAAAUGCUGAACUUAUUAUUUUUAGUAGAAAGUGCUAUUAGCUUAUUAAAUUUGCGGUCUCUUUGUGCAAAAGCCAUGGAACUAUCUCAGGAAGGUUUUUUUCGUUUGGAAGGUUUGAUCUUUGGAGCAGAUGAUUUUUGUGCUGAUAUUGGUGCUAACCGCAGUUCUGAUAGCCGUGAGCUUGUAACUUCACGACAAAUGUUUGUGAUUUAUGCUAAAGCAUUUAAAAUUCAAGCAAUUGAUAUGGUUCAUAUAAACUAUAAAGACUUAGAUAGUCUUAAAAAAUAUUCAGAAGAAGGUGCUAACAUGGGAUUUACUGGUAAACAAGUUAUACACCCAAUGCAAGUCCCUGUAGUACAAAAGGCUUUCUCGCCAUCAGAGGAAAAGAUUGAAUGGGCUACAGAACUAAUUAAAUUGUUUAAAAUACAUCAAAGUGAAGGCAAAGGAGCUUUUAUUUUUCGUGGAAAUGUAAUUGAUAAGCCCUUAUUACUCCAAGCCGAAUACAUUAUCAAAAUGUCGGACACAAAUAAAUAACGAACCAAUAUUUUUACUACAAAAGUAUUUUCUAUAUCAAUAUAUUGUUUGAUACAUUCUACGUUGCUGUUAAUUUCAAUAAAGAUAUAUUUUUCCAA